AAUAACCGACUGAAUUAAGGUGGUUAUUUGCUCAUUUUGCCAGCAGUUUUCUAUCUAACAUGUCGGUUAACAACAAAAAUGUAUUGAAAAGUGUUUUAAGGCUCUUAUUGGCUUUUUGGAUUUUCGUCCCAACCAACUGUACAACCGAAAAUGUGACAAUCGACACAAGAAUAGUGGGAGGAACAGAAGCGGAUAUCCGUCAAGUACCUUAUCAGGUCUCGUUAAAGUACUUCGAUCAGCAUUUUUGCGGCGGUACCCUGAUCACCCCCGACACAGUGAUAACCGCGGCCCACUGCUUCGGAGUCAGCUAUCCCUCUUUCACGUAUCCUUUCUUUACUGUGAAAGUGGGCAGCAACACCACCGCGGGCUCCUCGAUCGCCGUUAAAUCUGUCCUAAUCCAUCCCAGCUACAAUAACGAAACUAUUGACAGUGACAUUUGUAUUGUUCGACUUGCCAGCAACGUAACCCUGAAUGAAACAGUACAAUUGAUCAACGUAUCGACCAGCGACAAUUACGUUGCAGGGUCUUAUGCUACGGUUAGCGGGUGGGGUUACACCCAGGAAAACGGAACAGUGGCGUCCCUACUUAGGAAAGUCAGCGUGCCCUUAGUGGAUCGUACCCAAUGUGGGAGGUACUACAGGAGCGUCAUUAAUAUAACGAAAAACAUGAUCUGCGCAGGUUUUGCUGACGGAGGAAAAGACGCUUGUCAAGGUGACAGCGGUGGCCCCUUGGUGCAAUACAAUCAGCUAAUCGGGGUGGUGAGCUUCGGUAUGGGGUGCGCCCGCGCAGCUUACCCGGGCGCCUACACCAACGUCGCCAGAUUUACCGAAUGGAUCACCAAGAAUUCGAAUUAUGUGAGCGUUAACAGUUUGGCAACGAGCCAUUCCAGUCCUACUGUUGUGAUAUUAGUUCUAUUAUUGCCUUUGUUGUUUCGGUUUAUCGUCGAAUAAAUAAAUACGAGAUUUACUAUAAACA